UUCAGCAUCGACCUUCCUCCUCAACUCUGUUCUCAUAAACUGCUCUCACUCUUUUUAGAUAUGUCGGCUACAGAAACAAAACGGUGCAAUGCAAACACCAGACCAGUAACUUGUGGUAAGCAAUCCUCAUUCAACGGGUCCUAUGGUAAGAGUCCGGGAUGCACAACAAGCUGUGGCUUGAGGCUACCGAAGAAAACAGAAGCCACAGCAGCAAGACUAGUCAAGCUUCUCAGCUGUAAACUCGUUAAAGGGUUACGUCUAGUGGUGAUGAGGAGGAAGAAGAAGAAGAGAUCGCCACCAUUGAAGGCUUCUUCCACAGGUAGAUCUCAGCCUUCGGUCAUCUCUGUCCCUAAUGAUACCUGUAGAUCAGAGGCUAUAGAAGACUGCAUACAGUUCAUAAACUCCUCGACCUCCUUCAUAAGAUCAAGUUCUGUCAGUAACCGUACAUCUUAAGCUUUUAAUCAUACCCAUAAAUUUUCAAGAUUCUCGUAUUUUGAUCACUCGUUGGCGUACGCAAUAGCAUAUUAGAGAACUGAAUGUAAUAUCUAUAUAAUAGAAUAUAUAUAUAGAGCAGAAGAGAUCUUGUGAGCUUCGUUUAUGUACAAAAAGUCAUCUUUAUAUCUUUUGUGUUUAGCCUAAACUGAAAUCAAUCAUAUGCUUUUGUGGGAAAUCAAAAAAAUUCUAUAGUCCUAAUAGUGUUGUAGGAUGUGACCAGUUGCCUAUCUGCCAAGAACUCUAGCAUUGUUAGACAGACCAAGUAACACUCCCUGACCACAACAAUAACAACAACGUGCUAAUACAUUUGUUUUCGACUUAACCCUUACAGAUUAUCUUUGACCAAUGUCUUGAUGGAUUAAAAGACCAGAUUGCGAGAUUAACGCAUCAGUCUUUUGGCAACGAGGCAUGCACAAAACGGCCAUUGCUGGAACAUGUAUUUCAGCUGUGUUAAUAAAACCGCUGGUCCAAGAUUAUCGAAUGAAUUACUUUUAUUAAAUUGCAUUGAAAUAUUCCUUUUUCAUGAAGCUCGUGGCUGCUGUAAAGACACGUGAUGGUCGAAUAUUGGUUCAGUGAAGAAGCGGGAAGUAAACGGUUAACAGAAUUAUCGGAAGUCCAUUGCGUCUACUAAUCUAAGAAUAUGAGCUUAGCAUCAAGCCCAUAAGUGGCCCAAAUAAAUACAGUAUGGAAAUUGCAAGAUUAAACUUUUGCCAAAAUAGAAUAAUGAAUUGGAGAAGAAGACUGUUAAAGGGAAAAGCAAAUCUUAUGAACUUUGAAGUAGGCCUAUCAAAACAACAGAAAUGCAAUAACAAUUAUUUAAUCAUCCGUACGUUAAAUAAUAUGUAAGGAUAUGAACAGUGAUCAACUUUAUGUGGAAUAAAGGAAGAAUCCAACUAAUCCUCCCACUAAUUGCGUUAAUAAAGAUGCGAAAAUUAUUAUUUCUGGUGCGGGAAUAAUAUUUAUUUAACUUGGCCCUCACUGAAAAAAAUAUAUAAACAUCCAAAUCUCCAAAACAUUAAUAGCCAUAUCCCAUAUUAAGUACAAUAGUACAUUGUCGGUUUGUUUUUUUUUUUUGGUAAACAUGUUAAAAUUGAUUACCGUUUUCGAGUUUUUUACAGAGUUUACAGAGAAUUACAAGUAGCGGAAACAACAAACUACAACA